AUGGAGGAGGUGCUCUCGCUGUUCGCGCUCGUGCAGACGAACGAGUUUCUGUUGCCCAACGGCAUGGCGCUCUACCACGGGUACUCAUUCCUCAACCACAGCUGCGAGCCCAACUGCGCGCUUGUCGGCAGCGGCGCGAUGAAUCGUCACCUGGUGACUCUGCGUGAUGUGCGGGAGGGUGAGCAGCUGUUCAUUAACUACAACGCGAGCCUCACAACGUGUGUGUCGUACGAGGACCGGCGUGCCCUCUGCCAGCAGCGACACUUUGAGUGCUUCUGUCCAAAGUGUGUUAGGAGAGAGUGA